AUGGUCAAUGUUCUUCUUGUUCCUUAUUCUGGUGGUAUCCAUGCCAAAGACGAGCCUAAAUUGCUUGGGUGCACUGAAAACGAGCUUGGACUCAGAAAAUGGCUUGAAUCCCAAGGCCAUAAAUUAACUACUACAGAUCAAAAAGAUGGAUCCAAGUUUGAGUCUCUUCUUGAAGAUGCUGAAAUUGUCAUCACGACCCCAUUCCAUCCAGCAUACUUGACUCGUGAACGAUUGCUUAAAGCUAAAAACUUAAAGCUAUGUGUCACUGCUGGUGUGGGGUCUGAUCAUGUGAACCUGGAUACUGCCAAUGAACUUAAGAUUGGCGUAUUGGAAGUCACUGGUUCGAAUGUCACAUCUGUGGCAGAGCAUGCUGUCAUGACAAUGUUGGUACUUGUACGAAACUUUGUUCCAGCCCACGACCAAGUCCGUGAAGGCAAGUGGGAUGUGGCCGCUGUUGCUAAAGACGAAUAUGACAUUGAGGGUAAAGUAAUUGCCACGGUUGGGGGAGGCCGUAUUGGUACUCGUAUUUUGGAACGUGUCAAGCCUUUUAAUCCUAAGGAAUUGCUUUACUUUGACUACCAAUCUCUUUCUGCUGAUCGUGAAAAGGAAAUUGGCUGCCGUCGUGUAGAGAAACUUGAGGACAUGCUUGGACAGGCUGAUAUUGUAACAAUUAACACCCCAUUUUAUGAUUCAACCAAAGGCAUGUUCAACAAAGAACUUAUUUCCAAGAUGAAGCGUGGUGCAUGGCUCAUAAAUACUGCUCGUGGUUCUAUUUGUGUCAAGGAAGAUAUAGCUGCAGCUCUCAAGUCUGGACAACUCCGCGGAUAUGGCGGUGACGUGUGGUUCCCGCAACCUGCACCUGCCAACCAUCCUUGGCGCACCAUGACCAACAAGUAUGGUGCUGGGAAUGCCAUGGUUCCGCACAUGUCGGGCACAUCGCUCGAUGCUCAAGGAUGA